GCUCAACAGGCAUCUUUAACCAUCCUGCUUCUGUCCUACCGCCUGUUGAGUUUAUUUCAGUAAACUGAAUACGUCUGCUUAUUUUCUGCCCUCUGACCUUUUAUGUGACCAGUCAACCCCAGUUUGAUAAGGAUAAAGAAUUACAACCAGCAUGUUUCUCAUCCCAUCUCUAAUCUCCCCUUUUUUCUUUUUAAUUAGAUUGUAGAUUAUUUUGAGUCACCUUUUAAACUUUCCUGUCACCUCCAGCCUUCAUAGAUAGAUACGUGACUGCAUUUUGGUGAGAUUUUCCACUAUCCUUCACUAUAUAAAGCAGCUUAAUGCCCGGUCACAUCAGCUGUUUGGUGAGGGAAUAUCAGACAAGUUCUGAGUGUGAACGCUGAUUUUGACGAUGUCUGUCUACUCCCUCCUGUUCGCUUUAAUGCUGUUCUCUGAGAUGAACAGCAACUUGGUCACAGUGGCCAUUCCUUCAACUACAGUAGAAGAUGGCGCUGCAGAACAAGAAGGUUUGGACACAUUUCUGUCUGAUGACGACGUGACUGAACACGCUGCGGUUCCUCUGAUGUACAGACGGAGCCUCACAAAUGAUGGGACAUCCAAAAUCAUCGUCAUACCGGACAUGAACCUGGAGGGGCAACGUAUUCGUGGGCUGAACCGGCGCUAUCCUCUGGUCGCAGAACGAAGUUUGGACCGCACACCUGAUGAGUUCACUUUGAAAAUAAAUAAACGAGAAAAAGACCUUGACAUGCUGCGAUGUAUGAUUGGGAGAGUUUACCGGCCCUGUUGGGAAGCUUGAGUGUUUCUCAAAUAUACUACAAAAAUUACACCAUAAACAUGUCCUUUAAAAAAAGUGACAAACAUCAACAGAACAGUUUAUUAAAUGGAAGCUUGUAUUGGAAUUGUACAUAGUAAAAGUUCAAACUUCAUAUGUAGUAAUUAAAUGUAUUUCUGUUGACAUGUAUGCAGAUAAGUUAGAAAUAAAGUGCAAUCAUC